ACCUCCUCUCCUCCGGACGGGGGAAAGAGCCGCCACCGCUUCGUGCCAUGUGGAGGGGAAGGGCCCUGGGUGCCUGGGCGCUCCUCGCCAGCCUGGCCGCGGCCAGCUGGGGCGUCCGAGGAGAGAACAUAAUCGUGAAAGAAGCCAGUGGGAAGGUGUUCCUGCAAUGUGUAACAGGCAGCCAAAGUGAAGUCAUAUGGCUAAAAGAUGGGAAAACGAUAGGAAACACAACACAGCUGGACUUGGGUGCAGUUUACGAUGAUCCCAGAGGUACCUAUACAUGUGAAACGGAAAGCGGAAGGAAAAGCUUCCACCUCCAAUUGCACUAUCGAAUGUGCCAGAACUGCAUCGAAGUGGACGCUCCCACCAUCUCGGGGAUCGUGAUCGCGGAUGUUGUCGCCACCGUCUUCCUGGCGGUUGCUGUGUAUUGCAUCACCGGCCAGGACAAGGGACGCAUGUCACGAGCUUCUGACAGGCAGAACCUGAUUGCCAACGAGCAGCUCUACCAGCCCCUUGGCGAGCGGGACGACGGACAGUACAGCCGGCUGGCACCUGCCAAGGCCCGCAGGUGAAGUGGGAAGACGCUGGGGCCUGCGACUACUUCACACCAGGAGUGAUAUUACAGCAAAGCCACCGCCAGUGCCCGAGAGCACUGGUACCCUGCCCUGGCACUGCCUUCGUAAGCUCACUGCUGGCAGAAGAUGGUGCGGGUUUUUGCCUAGAGAGCCCUCUGGCUCCUUGCCAGGAUGGGCUGCUUGUAGCACUCUGCUCUUUCCAGGACCUCUUGCACUUCUGUAUUCCUCUCAUUAAAGAUAAGCCUGUCCCGUA